AUGAAGGAAAGAGAAGAAGAGAGAAAGCAUGAGCUAGCUCUCAAAGAUGAAGAAGUCACUCGGCAAGCUUCCAAGCCCCAGACCAUGAGCUGGACUCCCAGUAAGAGGUGGUUGCGGAGGUUCUGCACCACUAGUUGUGCGCGUGGGCAUGCUGUGGAUUCCGACCAGUGCCCAAGUCGAUCCCUACCUUGGGAUGAGAGCUUCCAGGGUGAACUUCUCCAAGGCUACCUAAAGCCCUCCCUAAUGGACAGUCUCCUACAGCCUAUCGAUGAAGAAGAAGAAGAAGAAGAAGAAGAAGAAGAAGAAGAAAAAGAGAAGACGAAAAUGAAGAAGGAGAAGAAAAAAGAAAAAGAAGAAGAAGAAGAUGGAGAAGUAAAAAGAGAGGGAGAGACAGAUUUUUCAGAAAAUUGA